AUACUGUGAAAACCAAUGCAGCUGAGAUGCAUGUGGAGCGGGGAGCGACUGUAGCACUUAUUGGAUGGUCACAAUGGGGACUUAUUGUCUCAAACGAUGAGGAUUUUUGUACUGGAAUCCCACUGUACCCGAGUCAUUGUCUUCCGCAUACAAUAGUAAUUGAGGUCUCAAGGGGGAGAGUGAAUAACAGAAGAUGACACAGAAGCCUCCUUGAUGUCGCGCGUAAUCAAGCUGACACUGAUUGUGUUCGUAACUCAGAGCUCAGAAAGAGCUUGCUUAGCAAAGAGAAGAGGAGAUGAGAGGAACUGCGACCGCUUGCAGGCUGUGGGUAUUGGCCUUCUGUUUCAUCUCGCCUGACCUUCUUCUUGCCGCAUUUGGGUCCAAGCCUCCUAGAAUUCACCCAAAUGAAAAGAGUUCUCUUAAGCGUAUUGCAGCGAUGCUGAAGUUAAAUUGGGACUUCGACGUGGAUCCGUGCAGCCGCAAGGGCAAAUGGAAUGUCCAGGGAGAGAAGGGAUUCGAGAGCAGCGUCGGUUGCGAUUGCUCCUUCAACAACAACUCCCUGUGCCGCGUCUCUAACAUCUCGCUGAAAUCCCAGAAUCUUUCGGGUGCGCUGCCGAAAGAGUUUGGAAGUCUUCUCUACCUAAAGCAAUUGGACCUGAGUCGUAAUGUUCUCAAUGGCACUGUUCCCGACGAAUGGGAGAAGAUGCGGCUGCAAGGCCUGUCUUUAAUGGGGAAUCGGUUGUCUGGCCCUUUUCCAAUAGUCCUCACAAAGAUCACCAACUUGACUAAUUUGAGCAUCGAGGGGAACCACUUCCAUGGGCCUCUGCCUCAGGAGCUUGGGAACCUUGUUCACUUGGAGAAACUUGUUGUAUCUGCCAAUAACUUCAAUGGAGAACUGCCCAGAGCACUUGCCAAGUUGACAAACUUGACCGAUCUGAGGAUCUCCAGCAACAAUUUCUCAGGCAAAAUACCUGAUUUUAUAAAGAAUUUGAAGAAGUUGGAAAAGCUGCACAUUCAGGGAUGCUUUUUGGAGGGGCCCAUCCCUUCUGGUAUUUCAAAUUUAAUGAGCCUUAUUGAUCUGAGGAUCAGUGAUCUAAGAGGAAAUAUAUCCACAUUCCCUGAGUUGGUUGGAAUGAAAUCCUUGAGAACUUUGACACUAAGGAAUUGCUCCAUUCAUGGAAAAAUGCCAUCUUAUAUUGGUGACAUGAAGCUGAAGAACCUAGAUCUCAGCUUCAACAGAUUAACUGGUGGGAUCCCAGGUUCCUUUGCCAAAUUGCAAAAAGUGGAUUUCCUAUAUCUAACUGGGAACAUGCUUACAGGGAAUAUCCCUGGAUGGAUCAUGAAUAGAAACAAGAAUGCAGACAUCUCUUACAAUAACUUCACAUUUGGAGGCUCGGGCCCUGUGCAAUGUAUUCAAGGGAGUGUCAACAUGGUGGAGGGCUACUCACAGUCUAUUGAUAGCAUGAAUACCAUUCAGUCAUGCCUAAAAAGGAAUUUUCCCUGCAGUUCAUCCGAUAAAAAGUAUCAAUACUCGUUGCAUAUUAAUUGUGGAGGUAAAGAAAUAAACAUCAAUGGAACCAAGUAUGAAGCAGAUACAGAAGGAAGAGGUGCCUCGAUGUUGUAUUUAGGUUCAAACUGGGCAUUCAGUAGCACUGGGAACUUCAUGGACAAUGAUGUUGAUGCUGACAAUUAUAUUGCUUCAAAUAUUUCUGAACUCUUCAUGCCCAAUUCAGAACUGUACACAAGAGCACGCCUUUCUCCUCUAUCACUUACUUAUUAUGGCCUCUGUAUGAUGGAAGGAAGUUAUAUGGUAAAACUUCACUUUGCAGAAACAGUUUUCACACAUGACAAUACAUUCAGAAGCCUUGGAAAGCGUUUAUUUAAUGUGUUUAUUCAGGAGGAGUUGGUAUUAGAGGAUUUCAAUAUCGAAGAUGCAGCUGGUGAAUCAGGAGAACCCAUUAUUAAGACAUUCAACGCAUCUGUCACUGAUCAUACAUUAAAGAUCCAAUUUUAUUGGGCUGGAAGGGGAACAACAGGAAUCCCAAGUAGAGGAGUUUAUGGUCCUCUGAUAUCAGCUGUCUCAGUGACACCUAAUUUCACACCUCCUCCAGAUGUUGAAUCUUCUAGUGAUAAAAGGAUGCAUAUUAUAAUCAGCCUUGGGGUUUCCAUUUUGGUGGUUUUCCUUGUUCUAUUGGCUCUUGGAAUUUGGAGGAAGAGGCGGCGAAACUCCAUGCACCAAGAACUUAGAGGUCUUGAUCUGCAAACUGGAUCUUUUACCUUACGACAAAUUAAAGCAGCAACAAAGAAUUUUGAUCCUGCAAACAAGAUCGGAGAAGGUGGUUUUGGUUCAGUUUACAAGGGUCUACUAUCAGAUGGUACAGUAAUUGCUGUCAAGCAGCUUUCAUCUAGAUCCAAGCAAGGAAAUCGUGAGUUCAUCAAUGAAAUAGGCAUGAUUUCUGCCUUGCAACACCCAAAUCUUGUGAAGCUUUAUGGAUGUUGUACUGAAGGCAACCAACUAUUGUUGAUAUACGAGUAUAUGGAGAAUAACUGUCUAGCCCGUGCUCUAUUUGGCAAAGAUGCAAGACACAAACUGAAAUUGGAUUGGCCAACAAGACACAAGAUCUGUCUUGGCAUAGCUAGAGGACUGGCUUAUCUUCAUGAGGAGUCCAGACUGAGAAUUGUCCACCGAGACAUCAAAGCUAGUAAUGUAUUGCUUGAUAGGGACCUCGAUGCCAAAAUUUCUGAUUUUGGUCUUGCUAAGCUUAGUGAAGAGGACUGCAGUCACAUCAGUACUCGAAUAGCUGGAACAAUAGGUUAUAUGGCUCCUGAAUAUGCAAUGAGAGGUUAUUUGACUGAUAAAGCAGAUGUAUACAGUUUUGGUGUAGUUGCUUUGGAAAUUGUGAGUGGAAAAAGCAACACAAAUUACAGGCCAAAGGAUGAGUUUGUUUAUCUUCUUGACUGGGCAUGUGUUCUUCAUGAGAGAGGCACCCUGUUGGAACUGGUCGAUCCAGAUCUUGGAUCGGUGUACUCCGAGGAAGAGGCAAAACUGAUGUUGAAUGUGGCACUGUUGUGCACUAACUCAUCACCCUCACUUCGACCAACCAUGUCAAAAGUGGUGAGUUUACUCGAAGGACGGGCUUCCCUUCAACCGUUCCUCUCAAAUGUCAGCACAUCAACCAACAGUUUGAGCUCAAAGAGAGCAGGGAGAAAUUUUUGGCAGAAUCUGAGCGGAAGUCGAAGCCAAUCAGCCCAUGCUUCUGGUGAGGAUUAUUCUGAGUUAGACCCAGAGGAUGAUGUGAGCCUGCAACUUUUAGUAGAUGCCGUUCGCAUCUCUUGAAUGAACAUGUUUUCAGGUUUGGUAUCCGAAGUCAUAACAUUGCCUCAAUGAGUAUUCUCCAUCUCAUGUACAUCUCAAGUAUAUCGUGCUAAUGUUUAGAAACCAAUGUCGGAUGAGUGAUGAUAAAGUCAUCUGAUAAGUGUAUUUAAAUGAAAUGACUUGUCAAAUGCAAUAAGUUAUUUGAUAUCCCAGUUAAGGUUUUUUUUUU